GGACCAAGGCAGAGGACUGCUUGCCUUGGUUGAGGGAAGGAUUCAUAGAGCAUCAUUUGACAGAGACCAUAUAGAGUGAUUGCCAUGGACAGGUCUACAGUUGUGAAUUACUUCUUAGGACUCCUGGGUUUGUUUCUACUGCAGGGCGUGCUGAAUGUGGAUGGACGAAGCAUGUUUAACCCUGGAAACCACGUUUUUAAUCCCAAAGAAGACACAGAGGCCCAGAGCAAGGUUCUUGCACUCUUACUACACAAAAGCUUAGUUCCAGUUGAAACAGACGAUCCUCUGGGUCUUGAGCUGGCCAAUAAAUUAACUGAAUUAGAAGGGCUGAGAGUGUUGAAGGAAAACCUGGAGCUGGAACAGGAGAUUACAGCCAAUUUGGUGGAGGGAAAAUCCAUAACUCGGAAGAGAGGUGAACCUUGCUUCUGGAAAUACUGUGUUUGAGGUGGAUGCAGGAGAAGGAGGACCACUGUGAACCCCAACAUAGCCUUAAGACUCACAGCAUCAGUAAUAUAAUCACAAUAUACUUAUCCCAGCAAUAUCAAGUUGUGCCAUAAUCAAUGUCAUCAAUAAAAAUGUCAUUACCACUGCACUGAAGUGCUCUCGUGAGAGAUCUGAGCGCAGUGGCUGUAAAUCUUUCAUCUGUAAAUAAUCACCUCACUGGAAAUACUUGAGGGGCAGAUAGGACGACGUGUCUGCAAAGACAUUUAUCAUUUUUGCAGGGAUUUUGUUUGUGUAUAUGUCGCUCUCUUGUGGCUAAUGUGGGCUUUACAUUUUUUUGUAGUGGUCAAUACAGGUCAUAUAAUAUGUCACAGCUUAUAAAGAAUGCACUGCCCUCCAUUUUACAAAAUAAAU